AUGACGCGGAAAGAAAAGGCGCCAUCUGUCCCAGUCCCACUCCCACCCGACGAGCCGAACGAGGAGUACGCAACAGGGCGUACUGACUACGAGUUUGAUGAGUACCUGAAGGUGGCUCAGUGUUGGGUCGAUGUAUCGGAGGAUUCGAUAUCCUCCAACAACCAGACUUCGGCCAGGAUGUGGGAUCGCAAUGGGGAACGCUACAACGAGGUGAAACCGAGGAACAUGGACGGAAGGGCUAGUGGUGAGAGCAUGGAGGAUGUCCUCAACAAGUCGUUGUCCGAGUACCAACGGCAGUUCGGGCAGUUCAAGCUGUACAAUGUUUGGCUGAUCUUGAAGGACAAGGCGAAGUUCAACGGAGGGAUACCGGCUGGAUCCUCGGCUGCGAAGCGAACGAAGAUCACCGCCACUGGCGGUUACACGAACAUCGGCCCAUCUCCUGUGGAUCUGAACGCUGAGCCAGAAGGGAGUUUCGGCACGCCUACUUCUACUUUUAGACGUUCCAUUGGUACCAAGGCUGCCAAAGCCCAGGCAAAAGGGAAGGCGAAAGCAGGCACGUCUGGAUUGGCAGCGCCCCGCAGACUGCGCCUCCUCCAUCUACUCAGCUCAUGGACAAGGCGAUCGAGGAGUUCGGAGAAAGUUUAUGGUUUUUAA